AUGGCCACGGACGGUCAAAGCAGGCCGCGACGACGGCGCAUUCGCGAGCAAAGCUCGCUGGUUUCGAGCGAACGCGACUUCGGGUCGACGGCAGCAGGAACGGAGUUAAAGGAGACGAGUAGUUUUCAUGCCAUCACUGGUGAUGAAACCAAGUUUAAGCUGUGCAAGGUUCGAUCUGUCCAAUUUGGCCAGAAAGGUAUUCCAUACCUCAAUACAUAUGAUGGGCGUACUAUCCGCUACCCGGAUCCUCUUAUAAAGGCUAAUGACACCAUCAAACUGGACCUCGAGAGCAACAAAAUUGUUGAUUUCAUUAAGUUUGAUGUUGGAAAUGUCGUCAUGGUGACUGUAGGAAGGAACAGAGGCCGUGUUGGAGUGAUUAAGAACAGAGAGAAGCACAAGGGUAGCUUUGAGACUAUCCAUGUUCAAGAUGCUGCUGGGCACGAGUUUGCAACUCGUCUGGGCAACGUCUUCACCAUUGGAAAAGGAACAAAGCCAUGGGUAUCCCUUCCCAAGGGCAAGGGUAUCAAGUUAUCAAUCGUUGAGGAAGCUAGGAAGAGGCUUGCAGCCCAAAAUGCUGCUUGAACAUUAGCACAAGAUAUCCAGAUAUGUUUUGCUGUUGUAGUUUGUUCUGGAGUUGAUAGAUUGCUUGUUUUCUGUUAUGAGAAAUUUUGAGAACUUUUU